AUGCCUAACUCUGGAGUUAUUGAAGCUGCGCGCUCCUCGUCCAGGGACGACACUCCUGAUGAAGAAAUUGUGCCUGAUGGAUAUAAUACAUCGAACAAUAGUGCUACGGAUGGCGAAGGCGAUUUCGACGAAGACAGCCUCGAUGAGAAAGACGAUUCUGCUGAGGACGACUCUGAAGUCGAUUCUGAAGAUGACGCUGAAGACGAGUCUGAUGAUGAAGGCUCAAAUGAAGAAGAGCUUCAUAGUUCACUCUCUACUCCCUCUGAAGAUAUAGAUGCUCUUCUAGUCUAUGCAGCGCAGAUGGGGAACCGCGAGUAUGUCCAAACCCUACUCCAAAAGGGAGCGAAUCUGGAAGCCAGCAACAGUCUCGGACAAACAUCACUAUCUUGUGCUGCAGAAAUGGGACACGAAGAUGUUGUGGAUUAUCUAAUUGAGAAUGGUGCUACAUUGGAAACGGAAUCACACAGCUGGGUGACUCCACUAGCAUAUGCUGCGGGCAGGGGCCAUCCAGCAGUUGUGUGCCUCCUAGCAGAUCGGGGGGCAGAGUUGGACGCGCAGGACAAGAACGGCUUCACGGCUCUUUUCCAUGCAUCCUUUCAUGGAAGGGCAGCGGCGGUCAGGACCCUUCUGGGAAAAGGGGCCAGUUUGCAUAUUCUGGAUAAUCGUGGGAAAGGACCAGCAGUUUAUGCGGCACGAAAUGGUCAUCAAGAGGUGGUCGAGCUGCUCACGGCCGAUACAACGAUACAAGGUUCGGAGGAACUGCUUCUUACUGCUGCACAGAAUGGACAAGAAGAUAUGGUGCGGUCACUUAUAGCAAAUGGCGCAGCGCUCAGAGACCCUGACGCAUUGGAGGAUACCCUGCAGGUCAACAACGUACAACCAGUGGAGAUUCUUGUUCGCAACGGGGUGAACCUCGCUUCCACGAACUUAGAAAGUCUUUUGGAAAGAGCGGUACUAUACGGGCAUGGCUCCUUAGCGGAGAUGCUCGUUGCCAGGGGUGUUCAUGUGCAAGGCAAGAAAGCGGACGAAUUGGCAGCACAAGCAGCAAAGAACAAGCUUUGGUCACUUGUUCGGCGGCUUGUGGAAGAUGGAUGCAGCCCAAAUGCAGAGCAUUGGCUCGGGCAAACUCUUCUUUCACUGGCGGCGGAUGCAGCCGAGGAGGGCAUAGCUCGGAUUCUCAUUCAAAAGGGCGCAGAUGUCGAGAAGGCCGAUAAUUCCGGCAGAACUCCCCUUGCGUACGCUGCAAUGAACGGGCACAUGGCGAUAGUGAAGCUGUUGCUUCAAGAGGCUGCCGAUGUUAAUCGUUGCUGCUAUGACAACAUGACUCCGGUUUUCCGUGCAGCACAGGGAGGACAUACAAGCAUAGUAAAGCUACUUCUUGACCACGGAGCCAAAGCUGAUGUUGUCGAUAAACACGGCAAAACACCGCUUUUCGUUGCAGCGGAGUCCGGCUAUCAGGAGAUAGUGCAGUUGCUCGUUGAAAAGGAGGUUGGCUUGGAGCAUCUUGAUCGGCAUCGUGGCAGAACACCACUCAUAUGUGCUGCAAUAAAUGGAAAUUUGACCAUGGCCAGGCUACUUUUAGACAAUGGUGCUCAAGUCGACGAACGGGACGAAGACCUGAAAACGCCACUUGCACAUGCGGCAGAGAAUGGGCAUCAGGGCAUUGCGCAGCUUCUACUUGAAAGAGGCGCCAACCCUGAUGCACAGGACGAUGUCAAUUUUACACCACUGAUGGAGGCCUGUUGGAAUAACCAAAGCGGUAUUGCUCACCUGCUAGUACAAAAGGGUGCUAAGCUGGAUACCAGAGAUCGCAGGGGAAGGCCGCCUAUCAUCCAUGCCGCUGCCACAGGCAAUACUGAAUUAGUUCGAAUGCUGAUUGAGAACGGUGCCGAUCCAAAUGUCACCGACAAGCUCCGAGCAACGCCAUUCUUAUACGCGGCGAUGAAAGGAAAGCUCGAAACCAUUCAAUAUCUGCUUGAGCUAGGAGCAGAUCUGGAGUCUAAAACCAAGGACAAGGGACGAACGGCCCUGGGACUAGCUGCGGCGAACGACAGUACAGAAGUUGUGGAGUACUUGAUCGGCCGAGGGGCAAAAUUGGAAACUCCAGAUGCAUCAGGAUAUACGCCUCUUUGCAUUGCUGCCCAGAGCAACAGCAGCCAAGUUGCAAAGGCGCUCAUUCAGAACGGUGCCAACCUAGAAGCGGAAGAUGCGGUGGGGAUGACGCCUCUCAUAGUGGCCGCGCGUAGUGGUUCUGAGAAGACAGCGAGGGUUUUGGUAGAGAUGGGGGCGAAUGUCCACGCAACAGACCUUCCCAUCGCUAUUCAUUUCGAUCCGAAGUCUCGCCGUUCCAUGCGGGCACGAUGGUUCUUCUCUAGCCGAUUUGGCCGCGCCAUCAACCUCGGAGAGCCUCUCAGAGCCUGGCAUACUGAUACCGACGCCCAUCCAGCUUCGCCUGUCCGAGGCCUGUUUUCCGUUCCUCGUGCUCUGUCCGUCCGCGAAUAA